CGAUGCCUCUUUGUGAUAGGUUUGCAAUAUAGUGACAUCCCAGAAUUCGAUCCUGACACAUUUUGAUGGCAUUAUCUUGCUACACUGAAGCUCCAGAAAGCAACAGAAUUUGUAUGAAAUGAGGUGGACGGUUUAAACGCUACGGACUGUCACGUUGUCACACCAGUGACAGUUGCAAUCCUAAUCAACAGGAUGGGUCUCUAUGAUUCCUAUGCAAGCUCACACGGGUGAAUGAGUUUUUGGAGGUUGUCUAUGAAGAGGGAUUACUCUGAAUGAAAAGGUGGGGGGAAAAUUAUGUGCACGGUGCUAAUAAUUAUGAUUACAGGAUGUCAAAUUGGAGUGUUUUUUCUCAUGAAGUAGAGGUGAAAUUGAAAAUCGCCGGAUGAUGUUCACAGACAUUUCAGACUGAGAAGCUGGAAUGGAUCAAUACAUCUCUAAACUGUCUCCUGCUGUUGAUUAUGGUGCGGGGACGUUCUUGCUGGUGGUUGCCUUCCUCUCUAUCCUGGGCAACGCAGCCGUCCUGGUUGCAGCCGCUUGGCGUCACAGUGUUCUGAAAGCUCCUGAGCUCCUCACGGUCAAUCUGGCCGUGACUGACAUUGGUAUGGCUCUCAGCAUGUACCCACUCUCAAUCGCCUCUGCCUUCAACCACACCUGGAUUGGAGGUGACCUUUCCUGCCUGUAUUAUGGCCUGAUGGGUAUGAUCUUCAGCGUGGCCAGCAUCAUGACUCUGGCCGCCAUGGGGUUAGUGAGAUACCUGGUGACCGGAAACCCUCCAAAAUCAGGAAGCAAGUUUCGGAGAAAAACUAUAAGUAUAUUGAUUGGUGUCAUCUGGCUUUAUUCACUGCUGUGGGCAGUGUUUCCUCUGCUGGGAUGGGGCGGAUACGGGCCGGAACCCUACGGUUUGGCCUGCUCUGUGGACUGGGCCGGGUACCAGCACUCCUUAAACGGCUCUUCAUUCAUUAUGUCUUUGGCCAUCCUGUGCACCCUGAUCCCAUGUGGAGUCAUCCUGUUCUCCUACACUGGCAUCGCCUGGAAGCUCCACAAGGCUUAUCAGUCCAUCCAGAGCAAUGAUAACCUGCCCAACUCAGGAGCUGUUGAAAGAAAAGUAACUAUGAUGGGCAUCCUGAUCAGCGCUGGCUUUAUUGUGUCCUGGACGCCCUAUGUGUUCAUCAGUCUCUGGACCAUGUUUCACGCCGAGGGCAAAGACAGCGUGGCGCCCAUUGUCAGCUUGCUACCCUGCCUCUUCGCAAAAUGCUCAACGGUGUACAACCCUUUUGUCUACUACAUUUUCCGCAAAUCUUUCCGCAGAGAGCUACGGCAGAUCCGGAUAUGUUGUUACCGAGGCUGCUGGGAUGCUGUGAGCAAAAUGACAGGAGGAGAGCGCUCAGAGGAAAAUAGCAGGGCACAAAAAACAGCAGAAGAGUAAAAGCACAAUAGCAGAGGUCUCCACUAAAAAUAUAUAGACAGGUGAAGAGAGGAGCUCCAAUGAAUGAGUAAAAAGAAAAUAAGGUUGGAGGAUGCUUUGCAGCCUAGAAACACUUGGUCUUGAUGUGCUAAUGCAUCUUCAAGAGCAUUAAGUCUGUGUCUACAGAAGAGCAUUGCAUUAAUGUAGGGCACACAAAGAAAAAAUAUUUUAAACUAUUGGAAAUAUUUCAUAUGGCUACAUUCCUGUAUACAGGCCAGAUAUUCUCAGGGUAUUCUCUGUCCCAAAGGCUGCCGGUAUGCAGAUAUUCCCUCGUGUUCUCUGUUCACUGACAAUCCCAUGUUUAUUUGUUUGAGUAAUGUCUUAUUCGUUUGUCCUUUUCUUUCAUUGCUGUCAGACCUUUUCACUUUCAUCAGAUUAUUGUGAGAUUAAAGCUAUUGAAAUCCUUUAAAAGAUGAAUGCUUUAUGAAGAAGAUAGAAUGGUUGUUUGUUUGAUUGAUUUAUCAAUCAUGAUGAGGAUUUUUUGCAAAACUUUCUUACAUUGAUUUUAUGUCUUAGAAUGUUUUCCAUCGAACCUGUUUUUCAUUAAAACCAUUUUCCGCACUGUUUUGUUAUACUUCCUCCUGUUCUUUUUCUUCUUCACUAAUUGUUGUGAAUCUUUCUUUAUAAUGCAUCCAAAGCUGCAUUUACUAGUGAAAGGGGCUGAUCA